GAUCUGCGCCUGCGCGGAAGCUCCCUUGCUGAACCCGGAAGUGAAGUGUGUGUUGUGUCCUGUGUUGCGGAGGGAGUUUUGAAAAACGGUUUUAAUUUUCUUUACACCAGAUUUCAUCUUGAAUAAACUGCGCGUAGUGUUUUAUAUCGCAGUAGCGAAGCAAAAGAGAAAGAGUACUGUGUAUGUGAGGUGAGUGAUAUGGAGAGUGCCCUGAUGCAAAUGGUCCCACCCCCACUACCUCUAAGCCCCGCCCCUGCCCCACCCCAGUGUCCGGAACUGGACUUGUCUCUCACUGUGACCCCAGAGAGACCGGGACACUCAGCUGGAGCUCUGAAGAGAGGAAAAACACGGACACACCCACGGCAGGUGCGUUUCGCUGUGAGUCCUGACUCCUCCUCUGACAAGUCUCCUGUUACCAUGGCGAUUACACAACACUACAGUAACCAAUCAGCAGCUGAGAAACGACACACAAAAGGAAAAGGUCCACACACAGGUGAACAAGGGGGCGUGUCUGCUCGGAGUGAUGGACAACUGACAGAGGGGGCAGGGCUAAACACUACACUGGCCCUGAAGGCGGAGCUACAGCAGUUGGAGGAGGCAGAGUUUAAUUCCCAGAAGGCCGUGCAGGAGAGACUGCAGAAAUCCACUGCUGUACAGGAGUGUGUCAGAACCCGAGUGGCUGAGGGUUUGAAUUUUCCACGCUCUCAUAAUCUCUAUCGUGCUCUUGUCAGCGUCAGUCUGUCACAUGAUGAGCUCAUUGCUGAAGCCUUGCGUGACAGGCCAUCUUUAGCCCCGCCCACAACCAGCUACCCCACACAGGCCUGCUGUCCUCCAGCAGAGGGCCCUGACCUGCUUUUCUUCUACAACUCUCACUGUGUUGUCCGGGAGAUGCCCCUGUUGCCAGGCAACCACAUCCCUUUACCCCAAAUUCAUCCAGCACCCAGACCUGCUCACAUGACCUUUCACCUACUUCAAAGAUACAGGCAGUGGGAGGCAUGAGCUCAGCUACAGGUCACUUCCUGUGGGUGGAGUCUAACUUAUGCACUGUGUGUGUGUUUUUAAAUGUACAGUUUGUAUAACUUUAGUAAUUAAUAAAUGUUUGUGUGGA